AAGGACAACAUUAACAACAUUAGAUUCAUUUGUUAUAAAAGUGAUAAGAAUAAAUACGGCAUCAAUAUAUAAUCAAACAAAAGAUUGAGAUCAUUGUCGAAAGAAGAUAUGUAGUAAUAACCUAAAGGCCAGCGAGCGUCCUUACAAGUAGCGAAGAACAAACGCCGAAUCUGAGGUUUGGGUGAAAGAAGAGCAUUCAGGGGACAUACAUAACAAUAGUCUAAAACCAUAGAACAGGAAAGAGAAGAACAAGAAUCUGAGCUUGUGUAAUUAUCACAAAGCCUUUUUAUACAGUGAAGGUGCACUAAAUCUACAGAAAGGCUUUUGCGAUUUUCAGGUGAUUGAGGAAAGGUAACAUGGAAGAGCCUUUACAUGAGGUACCCCAAAACCUCCAGAUGCUUGUACGUCUGGUGGUGAGAGGAUUUUACACCAUUGAGGACAUUCUGAUAAUAGACAUGCUUGUCAGGAACUUUUGCAUGAGUGAAGAUGAUUUAUGUGACCUCCUGAAAUUUGACCGUAAAAUGCUGAGGCAGCGAAUAAACACCCUCCGAGCAGAUAAGUUCAUCCAAGCAAGAAAUAAGAUGGUUACCUUAGAGGAUGGCAAGUCCCAAAAGGAACAGUAUUAUUUUGUAAAUUAUAAAAGUUUUGUUAAUGUUGUCAAAUACAAGUUGGACCACAUUCGCAAGAAAUUGGAAAUGGAGGAACGUGACCAAACAAGCCGUGCCUCAUUUAUAUGUCACUACUGCCAGCGCUCCUAUACUGACCUUGAGGCAGACCAGUUGCUGGACACCAUGACAGGACAGUUACUAUGCAUCAUCUGUAAGCAAGAAGUGCAGGAAGAUAUGUCAGGGAUGCCACGUCAUGAUUCUCGCCUCCUAUUGACCAGAUUCAAUGAACAGAUGGAGCCUCUCUUUAACCUUCUACGAGAGGUUGAGAGUAUAAAACUGCACGCGAAAUUCUCUGAGCCGCAGCCCAAGGACUUCAGUGACCUCAAGAAACCUGGCCAAGCACCAGUGAAAAAGAUUGCCUCUUCUGGGGAACCUGGAAGAGCAUGGUCUGGGGAUGCCACUAAGAAAUCUGGAUUCCAGGUGGAAGGCUCUAUUGAUGUUAACAUUAAUGCAGAAGGAACAGGGGAAGAAACAGUACAAGCCAAGGAAAAACCUAUUUGGCUUUCAGAUGCCACAUCGCUCAUCACAACAAAUAUUACUUCCUUGGAGCCAUCAGUACCACAGAAUGAGAUCAAGAGUACACCAUCAGCCAGUAACAACCAGCAACCAUCUAAUGGAGGUUCAGAUGAUGUCAUGAUGCUGCUCCAGGCUCAUGAGCGAAAAUCCAAAAAGGGUGGUGGACGCAACUCGGACAGUGAUUCUGAUGACAGUGAUGAGGCUGCAGUAGCAACUAAAAAUGAUCCAACUACAGCUUUUGGCUUAGAUUCCAGAGUAUCGGACACGGAAAUCAUGGACUCCGAGGAAGAUGAUUCAGUGCCCAUGGUGAGUGUGGCAGGAACAAAGGUGGCUAUUACAGAAGUGGACAACACACUUAUCUCAAAGAUGACUCAAGAGGAAAAGAAUGCAUACAUGCUAACCUACCAAGAUUAUGUGGGUUCCUUAGAUGAUUAAGCACAUCACAUUAGGUGAUUCUUUACUCCCCAAUAUCAGGUAAAGACUUAUUUGUGAAUGUAGGGGGGGUAUCAGCACCCAAUUGCAUAAGUCUGUUGCUUUUUGUUUUCAUUUCUGGCUAUAGCAAAAGCACUUUGUUAUAUGUGUUUUGAAAAAACAUUGCCCUUCUAGAAUCCUUUGUUUUGUCAACCCUUGUAUGUAUAUUUGAUUAUUAGUGAAUCAAUUCAAGUUUAUAAAAGCCUGAUGUGAGGGAAUCACUAGUAAAUCCAAUGCAAUAAUAAACAGGUGAUCAAAUAAGUAUAGUUAAUCUGUAACUGAAAUCAUUUUGCAGUCUGCUAAAUAACAUUCCCUUCCUCCAUAUAUUUAUGAAUAAAUUUCUUUGAUGUGAUAUUUGUGUCAGAGUGGCAUGUCUUGUCUUUAGAAUCAGUUGGAGAUGUAUGUUUUUUAUUGCUUUAAGAAUUAGAUUUUUGUUAGACUAACUGUCUUAAUCCCAGUGCCAUUUUUCAAUUUGGUAAUGCUGUAGUAAGUAAAUACAUAGCUGGAAAAUGCUUAUAUGACUAUUAUGGGUAGUUUGUGGCACACUCUAAAUGAAGUUGUAUCUGAGCAUAUUAUUUCAAAUGCAGUUGAUGUACAUCAGCUUUGAUAGACAAAAGGAAUGGUCUGAUAUGUUUGAAUAUAAGGAAUGAUUUAAUGGUUUAUGUGUAUGAAGUUUUCUAAAGAUUUAUUUUAAUAAACAAAUUUUGACAACAGGA